GGGAGCAGCGGGAGCCGCGGCGGCCGCGCCAUGUGGCUGCUGGGGCCGCUGUGCCUGCUGCUGAGCAGCGCCGGGGAGAGCCAGCUGUUGCCUGGGAAUAACUCCACCAAUGAGUGUAACAUUCCGGGAAACUUCAUGUGCAGCAAUGGACGUUGCAUCCCCGGGGCGUGGCAGUGCGACGGGCUACCCGACUGCUUUGAUGAAAGCGAUGAGAAGGAAUGCCCCAAAGCCAAGUCCAAGUGUGGACCGACCUUCUUCCCUUGUGCCAGUGGAAUCCACUGUAUCAUAGGUCGCUUCAGAUGCAAUGGAUUCGAGGACUGUCCAGAUGGCAGCGAUGAAGAAAACUGCACCGCAAACCCGCUACUGUGCUCCACGGCCCGCUUCCAUUGCAAAAAUGGCCUCUGCAUCGACAAGAGCUUUGUGUGCGACGGAGAAAACAAUUGUCAAGACAACAGCGACGAGGAGAACUGUGAGAACUCCCAAGAGGCGGGCAGCGGGCAGGUCUACGUGACACCAGAGAACCAGCUGCUCUACUACCCCAGCAUCACCUAUGCAAUCAUCGGCAGCUCCGUCAUCUUCGUGCUGGUGGUAGCCCUCCUCGCCCUAGUGUUGCAUCAUCAGCGGAAGAGAAAUAAUCUGAUGACCCUGCCUGUACACAGACUGCAGCAUCCCGUGCUUCUAUCCCGCCUGGUAGUUCUUGACCACCCACAUCGCUGCAGCGUCACCUACAACGUCAACAAUGGCAUCCAGUAUGUGUCCAAUCAGGUCUACCACAAUUCCCUGGACUUGGACUCCCCUCCCUCCUACUCCGAAGCCGUGCUGGACCAAAGCAGACCCCCGUGGUUCGACCUCCCUCCUCCCCCGUACUCUUCAGAAGGCGACUCCUUGAGUCAAACAGAGCUGCCCCCCUAUCGCUCGCGAGCCGGGAGCACAGCAAGCUGCAGCCCGGCAGCAGACGGCGGCCUCCUCAGCCCCUCCGACGGUCAGCUCCAGGACAGCGGCAGCUACACCGACCACCCUCAUCCAUCUCCAGAGAGAACGCCGGAGCCAAGUGACUCACUGCUCAGCUCAGGCACGAUGGGGAACCUAUAAAAUCCAGUCAGUUUUUAAAAGUCCAUAUGGGUUAAUCUACUGUGGCUUGUUACCAUGUUGCUAUCUUUAUGCUUAUGGUUGGCCAUUGGUCUUGAGAUCACAAGGAGAUGGGUCAGGGGGACUUGGAGGGAGGGAAAUGGGGCAUUUUUCCAAGGAUCCCAGUUGAUAAGCUUUGUGUUUUACCAUUAGGUCACUCUUGUGCUAUUUCCUCAGGCUCUCAUGAUCAUAAGACUCCCUAUUCAUCAUGCUUCUCUGGCUCUUCCCCUUCCCCUUUUGUGUGUAUCUGUCUCUGUCUCUGUCUCUGUCUCUCUCUCUCUCUUUCCCUUUCCCCCAUUUUUCUCUCUUUUAUUUCUCUCUCCUCUCUCUCCUUUCCUCCCUCUUCCUCCUCCUUCUUCUUUCUCUCUGUCUUUCUAUCUAGCUAGCUAUCUCCUUUUCUCUCUCUCAUUUUCUCUCCCUUUGAUUCCUUCUCUCUCUCUUUCUCUGUGUCUCUCUGUGUCUGUCUGUCUCUCUCUGUCUCUGUCUCUAUACACACACACACACACACAC